CACAUAUGGUACGUACUAAAGAAUAUUGAUAGCUAAUAAUUAAGGUUGAUAUUUUUGAUAAUAUAUUCGUAGGAUUUGGUAUUUUUUAUAAUUAAGAGAAACACCGGUACAAAGAUAGAGAUGGAAAAGAGACAAUUUUCUCAACAAAAUUAAAUAAAUAAAUGAAAGAGAUAGACAAUAAAUUUUCAGCUAGCCUUAAUUUGACAACCACUUUUUAAAAUUUAAAAUUUAAAUAUUAUUAGUUAAUAAGAAAAACGAUACAUUCGGCCACUUUUGAGAAAAAGAAGAACUACAUCCACAAAAAUCUAUGAUUUAAAUUGAUAUUUUGAUUAUUUAAAUUCAAAGUAAAAUAAAAUUAGUAAUCUAUAUAUAUGGUUUGCUUUCUACAUAGUUAUAGUUUUGAGUAAUAUUAUAAUUGCGAUUGAAUAUGGGAGUAGUGAAUAUGGGUAGAGGUAUUAGCGAAGAUUAUGAAGAAAUUUAUGGUGAGAUUAGCAGUCCUGUGACCACUAGUACCACCACCACUAUUGCCACCGCAGCCGCCACUUGUCCUACGACUACGACUGCAACCACCACGGAGGCCACUAGUGCUCCCACUCAAAAUCUGAAUAAUCAUACCUAUAAUAUCACCUAUAAUGUGUAUAUUUAUAUCCGUGAUGGUAAUAUUAAGCCCUACAGUAAUAAUUAUUAUCACCUAUUACAAUUAUUAUUACCUCAACAACAACAUUUUCCCCAACCAAAAUCACCAGUGCAGCCUCAACAACAGCCUUUUCCCCAGUCACAACCACCAGAGCAGCCUCAAGAACAGCCACCAAAGCCUCAAGAACAGCCGCCACCAAAGCCUCAAGAACAGCCACCAGCGAAGCCUCAAGAACAGUCACCAAAGCCUCAACAGCCACCAGAGCAGUAUUACAAUUCUUAUUAUAAUAAUUAUUAUAAUAAAUAUUAUAAUAAAUAUUAUAAUAAUUAUUACCAGAAAUAUUACAUGAAUUAUUACAGGAAUUAUUACAUGAAUUAUUAUAAUAAUUAUUACAAUAAUUAUUACAGUAAGAUGCUGACUAAUUUCUAUACAGUUUGAUCUUCAAGUUUUUUUUUCCUUUCAGCAAUGAAUAAGAGUAUUAUUGGAUAUUUUAUUAAAUAAAAGUUUUAUUUUAUUUUUUCAUAAGUUAUAUGAUCUUUUAUA